AUGGGCGCAGAAACAAUCGACCUCAAGGAUAUCCAUGAUUUUCUGAUAGAACUAGCUUCCAAGGCUGGAGAGAUCAUUACCAAUGCCUUGCCGAACACGGGAAGUACAGGGUCAAAGAAAAACAGCGCAGAUCUCGUCACUGAAUAUGAUCGUGCGGUUGAGAAAAUGAUAUCUGCAGCGUUAGCAGGGAGAUAUCCGCAGUAUCAGUUAAUUCCUCCUCACCACUAUAGAUUUCAUGGCGAGGAGACGUAUGACCCCGCAACUCCAUUAACUGAUGCCCCCACCUUCGUCGUCGAUCCCAUCGACGGUACAGUCAAUUUUGUGCACGGAUUUCCAUAUGCAUGCAUCUCUCUCGGCUUUACGAUUGACAGGAAACCGGUCGUUGGUGUUGUUUACAAUCCGUUCAGCAAUACCCUCUAUUCUGCCAUUCGUGGACAAGGGGCAUAUUUAAAUCGCGACACUAAACUUCCCCUCGACGCCAGGAGUCUAGAGCCACUGGAUGGCCUAGAGAAUGCUCUCAUCGCCGUUGAGUGGGGUUCGGAAAGAGCAGGCAAGAAUUGGGCGACAAAGAUACGGACAUUUGAGAAGCUCGGUAAAACCAAGGAUGACGGUGGUGCAAUGGUACGCUCGAUGCGUAGCAUGGGCUCAGCUGCAUUAAACCUUUGCGCCGUCGCAUCCGGGAAUCUCGAUUUGUAUUGGGAAGGUGGUUGCUGGGCGUGGGAUGUUUGCGCUGGCUGGGUCAUUCUGUCAGAAGCUGGCGGUAUAAUCGUUGAUGGGAACCCAGGCAACUGGGAAGCAAGCGUUGAUGGGCGAAAGUAUCUCGCAGUCCGAGGAUCGCCAGAUCAAGCAGGACAGAAGGAGCUCAUUGAAGAGUUCUGGGGACAUAUACAAGGCCGUCUCGAGUAUUGA